GUAGAUAUCUACCGGGAAGAAUAUCACUGCAACAACACCGAACGGCAGGAGAGUAGCAAGGAACCAUGGCUCGCAACCAGCAGCUGAGGGUGCUGCAGGCACUGGACGUGGCGAGGACGCAGCUGUACCACUUCAUGGCGAUCGUGAUCGCCGGCAUGGGCUUCUUCACCGACGCCUACGACCUCUUCACCAUCUCCCUUGUCGCCGACCUCAUCGACCACAGGUACUACCCAGAUGGCCAGAGAGGAGACUACCUCCCCGUCCUCAUCAACGCCGUCUCCCUCUGCGGCACUGUGCCUGGGCAGCUCGUCUUCGGCUGGCUCGGCGACAAGAUGGGCCGGAAGCGCAUAUAUGGCGUCACUCUGCUCCUCAUGAUCUUCUGCUCCCUCGCCUCCGGCUUCACCUUCGGCAAGAGCACUAACAAAAGCGUCGUGACCACACUCUGCUUCUUCCGCUUCUGGCUAGGCUUCAGUAUCGGCGGCGACUACCCGCUGUCGGCCACCAUCAUGUCUGAGUAUGCUAGCAAGAGGACCCGCGGUGCCUUCAUGGCCGCCGUUUUCGCCAUGCAAGGUUUCGGAAACGUUGCUGCGGGGCUAGUUGGCACGAUCACAUCAGCAGCCUUCGUGAACUCAUCGCAGGACAAAAUUGAUUAUGUCUGGCGCAUUGUUCUCAUGUUUGGUGCCAUUCCUGCACUCCUCACCUACUACUGGCGCAUGAAGAUGCCAGAGACGGCACGGUACACCGCCCUCAUAGCCAAGGAUGCAAAGAUGGCCGCAUCAGACAUGUCUGCCGUCCUCCACAUGCCCAUCGUUCCUGAAGAUGACGGCGUCAACGAGCUCGCCAGCCAGGACCAAUAUGGCCUCUUCUCCUCAGAGUUCCUCCGCCGUCACGGGCUCCACCUCCUUAGCACCGCCGUCUGCUGGUUCGUCCUUGACGUCACCUUCUACUCCCUCAACAUGUUUAUGAAGGACAUCUUUACUAAAGUCAGGCUGCUUGACAUUGACGAUGACCUUCUUAAGGUAUAUUGUCAAAUGGCUAGCCCACCUGUGGCGCCAGGAUAUCAUAAAUCCGACAAUCCGUUCAAGCGAACGAUACGCAUCACUGGAGUGCACACGGCCAUCGCAGCGGCAUGUACAUUGCCAGGGUACUUCUUCGCGGUGGCCUUCAUUGACCGCAUAGGACGCGUGAAAAUCCAAUUGCUCGGCUUCACCAUGAUGACGGUCUUUCAACUUUGCCUUGCCAUCCCUUAUCCUAAAUGGCUAGAAUGCAACAGAAACAAAUAUGGAUUCGCCGUCCUGUAUGGCUUCACCUUUUUCUUCGCCAACUUUGGGCCAAACACUACGACUUUCAUCCUUCCAGCAGAACUCUUCCCGGCACGGUUGCGCUCCACAUGCCAUGGUAUAUCAGGUGCGGUCGGGAAGAUCGGCGCCGUCGUCGGCGUGUUUGCCUUCCACUUGUUGAGGAACCAAUUCAGGACCUUGCUGUUUGUCCUUGUUGGUUGCAAUCUAGUUGGCAUUAUGUUCACUCUUCUAUUGCCGGAAACCAUGGGUAAAUCUCUUGAGGAGAUUACUGGAGAGACAGAAGAAGGUCAGACUCUGGAUGAUGAAGCUACAACGGUCAACGCAGACGACGGCAUACACGUUGUGCCUGUUUAA